AUGAAGGACGCCAAGAAUUUUAGUUUGGAGGAUAACGAGGGUUGGAAGAAAGAGUUGGAAACGAAGAACAGAAGAAUAGCCGAAUUGGAGGAUCAAUUGAUGAUUUGUAAGAGCGCGAAGAAUAGCGACAACGAAUGCACCCAAAGCUUGAAAUUGAUGGAUGAGGUGAAGGAGGAGAAAGAGUCGUGGAGGAAGGAGGUGAGAGCGAGGGACGAUCGAAUAUUACAGCUGGAAGACGAGAUGGAAUCGUUGAAACGUUUGAUCAAGGAAUAUAAAAGAUCGGAGGAGAACGGAGCUAGAGUGCGAGAUAACGAUAACGAGAGUUGGAAAUUGGAAGUGGAGGCGAAGAAUCGACGAAUCGUGGAAUUGGAGCAAGAGAUGGAGUCGUUGGAGAAUUUUCUCAGGGAACACGCCGAUACGGAAGGUAUACGAGACAUGGAGAUCGUGAUCGAGAGGAAGGCGAGAAGAAUAGAGGAGUUGGAGGAUACGGUGGCUGAGUUCGAGGAUUUUCUCAAACAGAAUCCCGAUGUGAAGGAGCUGCACGAUCUUCGUUGCCAAGUGACAGCUGGAAAUAGACGAAUUCAAGAAUUGGAGAGAUGGAUCCAGAAGAACGAUGAGAAUAGAGAGUCUAGGAUCGAUAGGGAAAGAGUGAUCGAGCUGGAGGAAAUGGUCACGCAAUUGGAGGAGUACGUGAGAGAGCACAACGUCGAUGUGUUGAAGAGAAAGCUGGAAGACAGAGAGUGCAGAAUCGAUCAAUUGCAGAAUCGCGUUGGACACUUGGAGAAGGAAUUAUUGAAGGUUGAAGAGGCUCAUCGAGGUAAAGAAACUCAGGGGAAAGGGAAUCGAGAAAAAGAAAUAAGAACCGAGGAUUCCCUCUCUGCUCAAAUGGUGGAAAAGAAUUUCGAAAAGGAACAGAAAAUGAAGAAGAUGGAGCACGCUAUAUCCGAGAAAGACAACAAGAUACAGGAGUACGAGCAGCAAAUCCUUGAGAACAAGGAAGAAAUUACGAAACUGAGAAAGGAGGUAGCAAGCCUGAAGAAGGAAUUGAGCGAGUACGACGACAUCGGUGUUCUGAAGGAAGAAAUUAGAGUGAGGGACGAGAAGAUUCAACAACUCGAAGAUGAAGUAGACUCGUUGGAACGAGCGUUCAGCGAGAGAAUCGAUCUGGAGCAAAUCGAGGAGUUGGUGAACGUGAUCAAGGAGAAGGAAGACAAGGAACGGCAAUUGUCCAAAGAUCUGACGGAGAAAAGAUACAAGAUCGAGGAGCUAGGCGAAGCUCUUCGCGAGAGUGUCGUCAUCACGAGCGAAAGCGAGAGGAAAUUGAAGAACGAGGAGAAAUUGAGGGAGGAAGCUCUUCAAAGGAUAGCCAAAUUGGAACAGAGAAUUGCCUCGAUGCAAUCCGCUUCGGCAUUAAAAUGUAUCACUUGUCAACCUCUUCUAUCGAAAGUGCAGAAAUACGAGAAGAAAUUGAAACGUCUCACGGAAGAGAGAAUCGUGCAGCUCGAAGACCUCCGUCAAAUGAAACGAGAAACUCUGAAAGCUGCAGUUUCCGAAAAAGACGCCCAUCUAGCUCUAUUGGAACUUUCCGGGAUAAAAACUGCCGCCCAAUCCGAGCAAGCCGAUCAAGUGAAGGCAGAUAGGAAGAGGUUACUGGAGAAGCUGAAGAAAGAGGAUGAGAAAAGCAUCGAGUUAUCGGUGGAAUUGAAUCCAACAUGUUCAGAAGGAACGCCACAACUGCUCAUCAAGGUUUUGGAAACAUCCGACGACGACGAUGAAGAAACAAAGAACGAUCGUCGCAGUGAUCCUAGUUCUUCCAGACCGGCUAAUACGAAUGGCAACGGUUGUGCUGAUUCAGAGAAGACGUCGACGGAGUCGGAAUCGAGAAACGAUCGAGAAACGGGCGAACAACAGAAGCGACAAACAGGAUAGCAGAUAAGUAGACCAGGCCAGUCGUAACGAAUCGUAGAGAAAGCGAAAAAAAAAAAAAUAUAUACGCUAUCGAUCUUCUUCGUUUCUUCGAUGUUGUUACGUGCACACACACACGCAACUGUAGAAGCAAUUCUAGAGCAUUUCUAGAGCAUUUAGAGAGAAAGUAAAAAAAAAGAAAAAAAAAGUAAUAAUAAUAAUAAUAAUAAUAAUAAUAAUAACAAUAAUAACCGACAAACAGGCAACAGUGAUACCUCAUCGACAUCGACAGCGACAAUACAAGCAAACAACAACAACAUCCCCAGAAUCAUCGUUCAUCACUUCAUCAUUUUAUAAUCAUCACGAUCGUCAUUAUUCGUCAUUAUCGUCAUCCAUCCAGUAAUCAUCAUCCAUCCGGUCAAAUCAUCAUCCACGUCGCCCCCUUGCCACAAAUUCCAAACAAAGGAAUCGGCCAAGGAGGAUUCAGUGGGAGGGGGGGAGGGGGCAGUGGUAGCUUCGUUUCGAAUCGCGAGAACGUCGCUAUGGAUUUCGCUUGGAAAUCUUUGAAGAAUAGAGAAAGAUCGGCCGUAGAAUCGAUCUCGAGUCGAAAAUUAACGCGAAGAGAAUUUUUCGUUUUUUGAAUCCGAUCUCCUUCUUAUCGUUGCGAACCAAUCGUUGAAAUUACUGCUUUGCGAAGCUCGACGGAAAUAAAUAAAUAAUUGCUCUUAAAGGAUGAUCGAGACAGAGCGUCGACGGAAGAUCAGACUUACACUUGUUAUUAUAGUAUCUAGAUAGUUUUUUCGGUAGACGAGUUGAUUGCAUGUCUCAAUGAUCGUCCGGGGAUGCUCUGUUUCACGGGGAUGAAUCUGCAUGGUUUCUUUGCAUCGGUUGAUUUUCUCGCCAUUCUUGCCACGUCGAGUUUCGUUCAAGCGCUCGAUACUUUAUUAUUCCCGUCGCUGUAUGUACAAAUUCAGGAAAAUACGAGAGAGGGUGAAACGCGACGUAAGGGUAGCAAUUCGCACUUCGUCCUUUUUGCUCGAAAAUUGUGGAAUUCGAAGAAAAAGAAAAAAGAAAAGAAAAGAAAUACGAGCGUGAGGAGAAACGAGAAUUGUCCUCUCGGAAACACCUCAUAUUUUCUCUAUCGAUUUGAGAAAGAUUAGACAGAGAAGUCAAGUCGAUCAAUUCCGAGAAUAUCGUAUAUCCCCUGUCGUUAUUUUCUUCCCAUCGUCCGUGGAAAUGACGUGCAAGACGCAAUCCAAAUGGAAGGACGAGUAUAUUAUAUACGGACAGUUUCACUCCUUUCCUUCUUUUUUUUUUUUUUUUUUUUGGAUUUCUUGUCACGGGUCCAAAGAUCGUCAUUUGUAUAACGAGCGUAUAGAACUCUAGUUGAAGGGAACGGAGAAUAAAAAGGAUAAUUACGAGAAAAACGAGAAAUUAGCGAAGAGUUAAGAAAUUAACGAGGCGAGAGAUAUAGAGUUAGAUAGUUAAGAGGGAAAAGAGAUACGCAAGAUGAGGGAAUAUGAAACGUGAACUGCAAUUGGAAUAAUGGCGCAAGGCCAAACGAGCUAACGUUGUUAUACGAGAUUUAACGAAGAAAUGCACGAGGACGAAAGAGAGAGAUUCGAGUCAAGUGGUGCUGAUUAGCUUUCAAGAUGACAAUAAAUUUCGUGCACGCUCGAUGAUCUUGCGAUGCAAAAACAAAUAAAAAAAAAGAAAAAGAAGAAGAAGAAGAAGAAGAAGAAAAGAGAGAAAGAAAAGAAAAAAAAGAAAAUUCGGACGCACGAAAAAAACGCACUUUUCUCUCCCACCGGGGGAUUCGUCGAUUUAUCGUUCCGAAUCUUUAAAAUCGUUGCUUGAUUCUUCUAUAGAGGAUCCAUCCAUCGUUCAUUGGAAAAUGAAGGGAAACGAGACAAACGAGAGAUUUUCUUCUAGGUUCGUAGAAUCGAAAGAAUCGACUAAAAAGGAAAAAAAGAAAAAAAAAAGAACCUUCAUCGAAUCGAAUCGCGUGUGUUUAAUCGUGUGAUAGAUGAUUUAUGGCAUCGUUAAAGAGGGUGUGUUGUAAAUAUAUAAUCGUGAAUUAUAUGCUACGAACGAAAUAUACAGAAGAAUUUGUAGAAAUAUUAUCAUAAAUCGCGUUAAUUGGUAUGUUAAUCGAGCUACAAUUACGAUUACGAAGCGUCUAGAGAACUGUUAACGCAUGAACGACUUCCAUAUAGUUUCUCAGUCCCAAUUCACUUGGUAACGUGUCUAUUUUACGUUGAGAGCAGUUGCAGAUAUUUAUGGAAAUUGUUGGAGAGAGAGAGCCUUCGUUCGUCGAUCGAUAGAACGAUAUUUAUUGUUAUAUGAGAUCUUUACAUAUGUGUAAAUAGUCACGCAUAGAUACGUAUAUUUAUAAAUCAUACUUAGAACGUUUAUGGAUAAUUGCGUGUGAAAUAUGGUUACGGUUUGUUUUUUAAUAGAGAUCUUCGAUUCUUCUUCGUUCACAUUCUUCUUCUUCACACCGUUCACACUUCUAUAUUCUUUAGAUAUUGUUGCAACUCUUCUGAAAAAUUUAUCGAUCGUUUCGAGAUAGAAUUUCUUCCAACUUUCCUUCUCUUUUUCUUUGAACAUUUUUUUCUUUUUUUUUCCUUCCUUCGAACUCGUUCCCUUUCGAGGAAAUUAAACUUUCUAUUCUAGUCUAAUAUAAGGAUACAAGUUGCACCGAUAUCUAAUCGAGCUUGAAAAAAUAGAAAGCCUAAAACGAUGGGUUGAUUGAUCGAACGCGUGAAUUUUACUCGAUCUUCCAUCGAGAAAGUUAUCGAAGAAAUGAACCACUAUUACGAUUUAUAUAUACUACUAGUUCCAAAACGAAUCCUCGAUCAUAGUCUCGAAACCAAAUAUAUAUGUAUAUAUAUAUACAUAUGUAUUAUAUAUAUAUAUACAUAACUCGUAUACGUACGAAAUCAUCGAGCGUUUUCUUCGUGCGUCGAGAAAAACGCAAUCCAGGAUGUGCAGGGCUACGAUUGUCCUGGACGAAGGAAGAGAGGGGACAGGAGCGGAAAUCACUUAUUAAAGAAGAAUAUCUCCUUUUGAAGAAUGAACGCGUGUCUUAAGGGAGGACUGAUAUAAUUGAUUAUCGAUACCAUUUCCGGAAAACGAUAUCAUCGAUGAUUAUAUAUUAACAUCAUAAAAUUCGUUCAACGAGAGAAGUGAAAUUGUGGGCUGAAAAAAAAACAAUGUUCUCCACGCGUUAUGAUAAUCGUUACGCUUUGGCAGGAUCCGUUCUCGAGAGAAAGCGAGCGAGAGAGAGAGAGAAAGAGAAAGAGAGUGUGUGUGUGUAUGUGUGUGUGUGAGAGAAAGAGAAUAAGAGAGAAUAUUUUUUUCUCAGAUAAAGAUUAAAAUUAAAAUUUUGGCCGAUUUAUAUGGGACAGCAGGGAACAGGAUAGAAAAAAAGAAGAAAAAAGAUGAGGAAAUCCGAGGCACUAAAAAUGGACGGAGAAACGACUCGUUUGUACAUACUCGUCGUUUGUGCGUCGAUGUUUCUUCGAUAGCCCUGUUAAAGAUGAGAAAAAUUGCGCCCCACCAAGUGGUCCCCGCUGGUUCUGUAUUCCCCAUUCCCCAAAUCAUACAGCUAGUCUAGGGUUAGUCUGUAUUACGUGUAGUACGUAGUUAAAAUUAUCUCGCUAAAAUCGAAUUUCUCGAGCAUUUAACACAGCAUACGAACCUACGAAUGCCCCUAGCGCCUGAUUACCCGGCCGGGAGGGAAGUUGGAGACGAAGUUGGGCGAAGUUGAAUCGAAAGAGAGAUAAUAUGUUUCGAGUGUGCGAUUCUUCCAAUCGUUCGUUCAUCCCACGUUGCGAAUUGAAGGAAAAAUCUGCGAGCCAACAGGUGGAUGAACGUUGGUCGUUUUCGAGCUUUGAAGAAAAGCUUUCGGGAAGCGGGAAUUUCGUGUUGAGGUUGUAAAACGAACGGCCCAUUUAUCGUCCAGUGUCCGCUCGCCGUCUUACAUAUUACAAUAUAAAUAAAAUAUAAAAUAUAUCGUGGUGUCUGCCGUACGAGAAGUUAAGCGACAUGUUGAAAGUGUAAAAUUUUAUCGUUAAUACCUUAAGAAGAAAAAGAAAAAAAAAAAAAAUGAUGCUCUCUUUAAUUCGUCGAUAAAACGCUCUUACUCGUUGCUAGUUACACGACACACCUUUUUUUCCAUUCGAUCUCUGACGCGAAAAUAUUAAAAAAAAAAGAAAAGAAAAGAAAAAGAAACCUUUCCUUUCGAAAGAUUGAAACGAUCAAAUUCUACUGACCUAGAAGCUAGAUCACGCUAAUGGAAUGGAAGGGGAUCGUAGACGGGGUAGACGAGAGCGUCGAGAAUGUUGUAGUUGAAGCGAACGCGGUUAGCAAUAUCUCGUCUCGAAUUCGGUUUCUCUGCCCUGUGCAAACGAACGAAAGAAUUUCGUGUGAUCGAUUAUUAUUGCGUUCAUCAUCAGGGAUAAAAGUAUAUCCUUCUUUCGUCCCUCUCGACUCGAGCGUUCCAAGCAUUACAUGCGUAGCGAAUAGAGCAUAGAUACUCUCUUAAUUAGUUUCCUAUGCGGCCAUUCGAAUAAUCGACACGCUUACGCUGGCUUAAACGCUGGCCAAUUAAAUCGAAUUCUUUCGAUGUGCAAUCUUUCUCUUUUUGAAAAUAUGCGAGGAACGAGAACUCUCUCCGCUGGGGCACAAAUUUCUUUGAGAAUUUUUGGGAGAUCGGUCAAGAGACAAUCGAACGACGGUGAGGCUGAUUAGAUCAAUAAAAAAUAACGAUGAUAAUCAAAAAUACCUAAUUUUUAUCCGAUUUACUUCCGAAGAAUCUUCAUUCUCUUAGCCCAAAAUCAUUCUUAUUCGAAACAUUUGUGUGGAAACGAUUCGACAAAAUCGGAAGGUUUUCGUUCCCCGGCUGUAAAAAAUAUAUGUUUUUUUCGAAAAUUAUCGAGUCGAGAAAAGGAUAUUAAGGGGAAAUCGAGGGAAAAAGUGAAAGUGAGAAGAAAGGGAAUAAAGGUAGUAAACGUGUGCCACCGUCAUAUCAAGCCUAUAUCAUCGUGUUACAUUAUACAUAUUAUAUAUAUACAUAUGUAUAAUAUAUAUAUUGUACAUAUAUAUAUAUAUAUAGCUAAGCAGAAAAAAAAAUUAAUAUUAUCGUUAAUUGACACAAUUGUUAACGUGGAGUGACUGCAUUUCGUGUGUGCGUGUGUAUUAAUGAGCAAACAAACAAUAACAAAAAAAAAAAGUCUUUCUUUCGAUCGCUCGAGAAUUGAGAAGGCCUGAGAGCAAAAAGUUUUCGAAUCUUAAAUGAUCUUCUUACUCCUUAUUGUCCAAAAUAUUAAACUAAUCACUUCAAUCAGUAAUAAAGCAAUCACUUUAAACAUUUAUCAUCGUAUCGUCUUUAUUAGAGAUUAAAGAGAAGAAAGUUGUAACCGUAGGAUAUAAUCACUUUAAUAAUUGAUUAAUUAUCUUCAAUUUUAAGACUGUUCAAUGGAUAAACGAAACAGGCGAACGCGACGAGAAAUGCUUCGAUAUUGCAAUUACUGUUCUAUUUAAAAAAUAUAUAUAUAUAUAUAUAUAUUCUGUCCUCCGAGAUACGUUUGAAUAUUUAACGAAUAUUUAUCGAACGAAACAGAAGAAGGGAAUGGUUAUUAUACGAAUUGCGAAAUUUAUCGAUCGGAUAAUUCUUAUCGGGAAUAGCCGUGAGAUAAGGCGUAGAGAGAGAUUAGAAAGACCAAGCGUUAUCAAGUAAGUAGUCGAUAUCAGAAAUGGAGCGUACCCAUUUAUUUGAAAACGCCGGAACAGAAAUUCUCCAGAUUUCUUUCGCGGAUCUCUAUCUCUAGAUACACACGUAUGUUAUUACUUGUAAACGAAAAGUGGCCAAAUUUCAAAAUUCUACGACCCUACGAGUUUAGGCGAUACGAAUCUCUAAGAGCGUCUGUGUUUCCAAAAAAAAAGUAGGGAAAUAGAAAUUUAACCGUUUUUUUCUCGAAAACGAAAUAAAGGAUCGAUCGAUUGGCCGAAGCGAGGAAUUUGUUGUAAGAUAAGGAUAAGAUAAGGGAUUUGAUGAAAAGUAGCGACGAAGAAUCAACUCGUAUCGUUCGUGCCGCACUCGAGUGAUCCUAAGCUGAGACUGUUCCGUGGAGCAAACACGAGCGAAAAUGCGAAGCGAGGAGAGCGAGUAUCGCGAGAGCACGUGAACGAGGCCGUCUCGAUAUUAUUUUUCGACUCGACUGUUUAGUAUCUACGAUGACAAAAAAAAAAGAAAAAAAAAGGGAAAAAAAAGGAAAAAAGAAAAAAACAUUUUUAUGUGAAUAUCGCGUUAAGUGAAAAUCGUCCCGGCGUGAUCGAUCUCGCGUUGGAAUCGCAGCCUCGUCCAAGCGAAAAAAUUCAAUUCGAGACAAGAAAAAUUCUCAACUUGAUCGCUCGUCCGUUCACGUUACGCUUAUGAUCUUUUUAUUUAUUUUUCUUUUUUUUAUUUUUUUCUUAUCCGUGAUGGAUAAUCAAUUGGCAAUUGAUCAAUUUAAAUAAAGGGAAACAGAUCCAGGCCGCUGAUUCUGAUUUUGGAAACCACGCCGCGACGACAUGGCUCCUCCCGCCCCCUUUUUUUAUUCUCCAAUUUCUACGUGUUUAAUCGUUAAGCGGAAACAGCUGAUAUAAGCGACAAAGAGAGAUAAUGCGAGAGAAAGCGGAAGAUGAAAAGUGAAAUAAUGGAGGACGAGGAGGAAAAGCGAAAAUAGAGAAGGGAAAUCGAGUAUCGUGCCCCGUGUUUGAGUUCGAUCGUUGAUUGAAACACGCAAUACGAUUUUUCGAUAUGUGUGUACAUACCUAAGAGUACGAUAAUAAUGAACGAGUGAGUGUGCAGUGGAGAAAAAGGAGAGAGUGAAAGAGAAAGCGAGAGCGAGAGAGAGAGAGAGAGAGAAGAAAAAGAGUGAAAAAGGAAACGUGAUUUAAGCCUAGUCCGUACGAGAGAAUCGACGAUCGACAGGGAUCGAGGGAUCCUUUCGAGGUGUGCCGUUUUCUUUCCGCGUUUGUUUCUCUCGGGCACGAGAGACAGGAAUCCUCGAUCAUCGACACACACACACGGAGAUCGCCGUUGGAUAGGAGUGAGACGACGAGGCUAGAAAUAAGUUUAUCUAAGAUUAAGCUAAGAUUAAGUUAUUAAAAAAGAAAAAGAAGAAAAAAAAAAAAGUAAACCGUUUAUUGAAAUACAUUGUUGCAACUGCCAUGCUGUGUGCCAUUAUAUAACGAGUCACGUUUGUCGUAAAAAGCAAAAAGAACAAAAAAAAAAUGUAAUAUGUGAAAUGAAAAAAAAAAAAAACAAAAAAAAAAGAUUGUGCGCGUUCCCAUCUGUCUGAACUUCUUCGUUACACCGCUUUUCGAAAAGGUGUUCCAAGCCCGUCUAACCUUCGUUCUGCGCUCGAGACGUCGUUUUCACGCAUUCUGAAAUAUCAUCGUUAUGUGAAUUUCGAAAAGAAAAGAAAAAAGAAGAAUGGAGAAUUAAUUAAUAAUUGAUCUUCGCGAUUCUUCGCAAUUCCAAAUAAUAAUAAUAAUAAUUAACGAUUAAGUUAUAACGAUUUACAAUUAGCACACACAUAUCUGUAUAGAGAUAAAGAUUCGACUGAUUUCACAUCGAAGAAUGCGAGAAAACAUAUUUCUCAAGAUAAUUUUUCUCUUUGUAACAGGAUUCUCGUAUACCUGCCCGUGUGAACCAGCAUGUACAUUAUAGCAAAGAUCAAGUAUAGUAUAAAUAUGACGACACUAAUGUAUACAUAUACAUAUAAUACGUUAACACGGACAUCAGCACGUAUACGACGUUUCCGUUUCGAAUUUAUCUCCCGGGGUCUCCAUCGCAGGCGAAGAAAUUUUUUUCCGCCUGAAGGAAAAAAAGAAGAAGGAGAAGAAAAAAAAAAAGAAAUUAUUGAAAAAAAGGAAGAAAGGGGGGAGAAAAAAACAGGGCAAACAGCGUGAAUGAAUUUACGAGGAUUCGUUCCUUCAUUUAGGGAAACGUAAAAAAAAUAAAAAAAAAAAAAAAAGACAUUUUUUUUAAUAUACCCGCCGUCGAUGUACAAUUAAUCGCAUGCGCGUUUAAUCGAUGUAACGCAUUUUCAAACAUGAGAUAAUACCGCGACACUCGAUUAUUUAUCUCGAGAUUAUCUUAUCUUUCUCGAGACUAACGUUUCGAGGAAAGCUAUCUAUAUCACGUGUAAAAAACGAAACGAAAAAAUUUGACACACACUUCGUCGGAAGAAAUCGAUUGAUAUUAAACAUUUUGCGAUUGUUGCAGCGUUCAGUUUUUUCAAUAAUUCUUGUAUCGUUUAGAAAGACAUAUCGAUUAACCGGUAACUACACACGCACGUACAUACAUACAUAUAUACAUACAUGCAUACAUACACACGUUCGCAGGUAAUAAAAUUUUUUAAUCAUUGUCCCUUUCGAUAGGCGACUAUUACGAAGGAAAUAUAUAUAUGUGUGUAUAUAUAUAUAUAUAUAUAUUUUCUUUUUUUAUUUUUCAUAAUUAAUUAAGGAGUGUGUGGUUGCUGGUUAAUGGUAAACUCGUUUACAAAACUAUACAUAUACAUAUGUAACAAUAUUGCUAUCUCGUUUUACGUAUACGUAUCACUUGUAAAAAUGAUUAAUACAUGCAUACGUAUUUCCAAAGAAAAAAAAGGAAAGAAACACUACGUCAUACACACAGCAUAAGACUAAUGUGUUCAUCGAUCACGUUAUUAUAGACAUUAUCACAAAUAUUUGUUGCGUGAAAACGAAAAAAGAAAAAGAGAAAUGGGAUAAUAAUAAUAACGAAGAGAAAAAUAAGCAGAUCGAGAUGGAGAAGAAGUCAUUAAUUUCUUAGAGAUCCAUGCAAAAGAAAAAAAAAAAAAAAACGAAUUCCUAUAUUCGCGAAACUCGGAUUUCGUAUCGCGACGUCUUGAAAGAAGUAGCGAGUAUAAUCGAAUUUGUCAGUUGGCAGCCGAUGGUGUGAGGAAUGAACGAAAUAGAGAGAAAGAGAGAGAGAGAGCGAGAGAGCGAGAGCGAGAGAGAGAGAGAGAAAGAGAGAUAAUUAAAUAAACCAAAAAUGACGUCGACCCAUCAUAGAUUCAAGCACAAUAAGGAACUAGUAGGGCCAGGCACAAUAAAAUUCGGCCGUCACGUUGUAGACAGCGAUCUGUUAGAAACGACAAGUCAUAUUAAGUAUCUAUAUAGCGAGACUAUUAAAUAAACACAUAUUGUCUAUUGUCA